AUGUUUGUUCCCCUUCCCAGAAGCACUGAGACUUCCGAGGGUCCAGGGAGCGGUUCCACAUCUUCGCUUUCCCCCCCACGAAAGCAACUCCGAAAUGCUGCUAAAGACUCCAUCUCGUGGCAAGGAGAUGAGGCCGUUACCGCUCCGUAUGCCAUGUUUUGCGACGAAAACGUCGCAAAUUUCGACAGCGCAUCAAACGAAAACGGCUCGCUCACGCUGCCUCUCCAGCAACACCCGCCUGGAGCUAGACCUUCCACAAAACCUGCUUCGUCGUUUGUUAAACCUGACGAAGACGCGGCUUCUGAGUAUCGCAGUAUUCUUGUCACGCAACUGCCGAUGUAUCUCGACACAGAGACCCUGAAACUGCGAAUUGAGGAAUUGUUCACCAAAGAAAUUCCAAAGCUUCUGCGGGAGACACCGUUUUUCUGCGUCCCCGUGGCGGGUCCUCCGACAGAAGAGCAAACCUUGCAACCUGGAGAAACGCGCAGGAAAACAGAAAACGUCAUUCACCCUCGGCAUCUGGUGAAUGCAGAUGCCUUUGAUCUCCCGUUCUCUAUCUGUGACAUUCGUGUGGCAAGACCGACCAAACCUGGAAACACCACGUAUGCCGUCAUCGAUUUUGCUUCUCCGAAACUCAUGCAAGCGGCGCUUGCGUUCUUCGGAACCACGCCAGUUUUGCCCGGAACUUCUCACCACGUUCACCUAUCACCACAUGCCACGUGGGCUGCUCCGGUUCCUGUUGAUCUGUACCAUGUCUACAUCGCUGGACUUACCCCAGAAACGACGGAUGCCGACGUGCUAGAGAUGAUGAAGCUUUUGGGAACUGAGACUCCACGCUCUAUCAAGGUUGUAAAGGAUGCGAAAAGCAGAUACAACCGGUGCCUCGGCUUUGCUUUUCUUCGCUACUCGAGCCUCGAGGCCGCCACACGAGCUCUCCAAGUCAUUCAGACUCAGGGCGCCGCCUACGGUCUCAUGGGGCGGCGGGUGUAUGUGUCUCCCAGCCACAGACAAGUAACAAAGUCGUGCAACGGCUCCAUUUUCCUGGCAAAUGUCCCAGCUGACGCAACAAAGCGCAUUGCGUUCCUCGAUUUCGGCUCUCACGAAUCUGCGCUCGCCGCUAUCACACACAUGCAGGGCGUCGUGCUACGAUCCCAUUCGCUCGCCUGUGCGUGGAGCAUUCGACGCCAUACCACAUAUCAAGAGGAAGGCAUCGAAGAGGAUGACGGAAACCGGCAAGCAGAAGAGGUUCGUUACUCUAGUCCAUGCAUUAAUCGCGGGUUCGGUCUUUGUUGCAUGCGGUCAUUGGUGCGUCGACAGGCAUUUGCAUAUGAGGCGGCGAGAGCCUUGGAGCCGAUUGUUCCGCGGCAGCGCAUAAACCGUCAAACUUGCGAAAGUGUCUCGCCGAAAAGUGAAAAGAAGCCUUCGUCUGGCCAGGAACCAGAAAGUGAAGAAAGCGAAUUCAGGUCGAAAGCAGAAAGAGAACUCUUCUGGCUUAGUUUUUACGCAGCAGAUGCGACUGUCUCCUCUAGGAAGUUAAUCGAGGCAAUGAACGGAACCCAACCAUGGAACGUUCCCCCAGGCUCCAAGGCAAACAACUCGCGUUAA